CUGUCCUGCAGUCCCGACGGGGGCGAAAGCUGGAACCGCAUUCGCAACCCAAUACCCUCGGAGUGCAACGUCCGCGCGCUGACCGUCUAUCCCAAUGAACCGCACCGACUGAUCGCCGGCACCGAUGUGGGCAUCUAUCGCAGCGAUGACAACGGGGCGACGUGGCAAGACCUGGAAGCUCCCGUUGGCGACCUGCAGGUCUGGUCGGUUACUGUGGAUCCUGAGGACUCGAAUGUCAUUUUUGCCGGGACCAGGCCCGACGCCUUCCGGUCUCGGGACGGCGGCAAGACCUGGGAUCAGCUGGCCCUGGGCGUGACCCUGCCCUGUCCGGUGGGGAUUCCCCGCACCACCAACAUGAUUGUUGACCCGCGGGACCACCGCACGGUUUGGGCGGGCAUUGAGGUGGACGGCAUCUACAAGAGCCUGGAUGGCGGCGACAACUGGAUCCACCUGCCCGAUCUGGGUCCUGAUCCCUUUCACGGCGACAUCCACGGCAUGACCCUGCGGAUGAGCAGGGAAGGCACGUCGGUUCACGCCACUACGCCCUUUGGAAUUUCCACCAGCACCGACGAGGGCGAGAGCUGGGAACUGCACGAGUUCCCCAAGUUCCAUGAGGCGGACAUGCGGUCCUAUUGCCGGGGCAUGGCGAUCAAGCCGGACAACCCCCAGAUAAUGUUUGUGGGUAACGGCGACUCCAUACCUGGCGUUACCGGGGUCAUCCAGCGCACCACCGACGGCGGCGCCACCUGGCAGCCGGCCGACCUGCCGGUGGAACCCAACUCCGUUGUCUAUUGGUUCGGCGUCCACCCGGACGUGCAGGACGUGGUGGUAGGCGCCAGCCUCUACGGCUAUGUGUACGUCAGCGAGGACGGCGGGAACUCCUGGCAGAAGCUGCAGAAGGAGUUCGGGGAGAUUCGGUCGGUGGCGUUGACGCCGAAUUAA